AUGUCAUCCCCGGAGGAGAACUCGCGCCUGUCGACCGACGGUGGAGUCAUCAAACGCAAACGUCCUGCCGCGUGUGUCCACUGCCACCAACGUAAGGUGCGCUGCGAUGCUCGCACCGUUGGUUUACCCUGCUCCAACUGCCGCACUGCCGGAAAACACGACUGCAGAAUCCACGAGAAGAAGAAACGCGCUGCCGUACGAUCCUUACAACACCCCGUCCCCAUCCGCUGCGCCCCCGUCCUCGACAGAACUCCGAUCCAAACCAAUCCCUCGAUCAUCCCCGCCGCGCCGCCCAAAUCCAACACUAGCGCUUCCACCAGCACCUCCCCCCUAGGCAACAGCCACGGUUACAGAUCAGAUGCAUUCGAGACUGCACGAAUACCUACAAAGCAAGAGGGCGCGGAUAUCUACAUUGACGAUGAAGACAAUCGAGAAUCGGACCGUCACCUUGUGAAACUCAUUGAUGAGGAUCUGCGCCAACGUUCCAUCAAGAAGAAUGUCAGGGUGAUCUACGUUGGCCAAGAUGUGUCUAAUCUGAACUUUCUUCUACGUCAGCAGCACACUACUGAUCGAGAAGACGAGGUAUACCACUUUGCAACCAACGAGAUCUCGAGAAGAUACCUCCAAAAUGGUUUCGAACACGUGCCUAGGGAGGCUUUCGUGCUUCCAGAGCCAGCCUUGGCUGAUGCGCUUGUGGACGCAUAUUUCGCCCAUGUCAACCCUGGGUGCCCAAUAAUUGACGAGGAGUCGUUUAUGGCCCAAUAUAAGCGCCGCGACCCUUCCGACCCACCCUCCCUACUAAUAUUGCAAGCUGUUCUGCUGGCCGGAGCACACGUGACCCGUCCGCGGCCGGUCCGUGACUCGGUGAAGUCGGCCUUCUUUCGCCGUGCGAAAAUGCUCUUUGAAGCUCGAGUAGAGCGGAACAGAGACAUUCUAGUGCAGGCCGCUCUUCUCCUUACCUGGUACUCCGACCCCGUCGAUGACGAUGUUGCCGCCAACGCUCAUUUUUGGGUUGGUGUCGCAGCGAGGAUAGCCACCGGUCUGGGAAUGCAUCGCAACGCCAGACCUAGUAUGCUGGUCCCGCAUGACAUGCGGAUGUGGCGUCGAGCUUGGUGGAUUCUAGUUCAAUUCGAUGUGUUGGUCUCACUGCAAUAUGGUCGCCCGCAAGCAAUAAACCUUGAAGAUUGCGAUGUCCAACCUCUAACGCCGGCCGACUUUGAGGGCUGCGGAGAGAAUGUACAAACUGAAUAUGUUAUACGAUAUACCGAACUUUGUUGUAUGAUUUCGUUCAUCAUGAGAGAGCGCUUUGGCCUACGGGUCACUCCUGAACGCCGCAAGGCUGCACUAAUGGAAGCUGAUAAAGCGCUUGCAAAUUGGUCGCUUAAGCUACCUGAUAACGUUCGCAUGUCUUCUACCGAUGUGGAUGCAUGGCCUGCACUCCUUCACCUCACCUAUAAUAAUUUCCUAAUUCUUCUCCACCGUCCCCAUCCACGAGCAUCGGCGUAUUCGGACGAUUAUGGUCCCAAUGAUGCUGAAAUCUGUAGCGCUGCAGCAAGCGUUAUUGUUUCGAUUUUUGAAGAACUACGGGAGAAGGACCGCAUCAAAUACCUGUGGGUGUCAGCCGUGAAUUCCUUGUUCACUGCAAUGAUCCAAAUUAGGGUGGAGUUGCAGUUCUCCAACCCAGUGCUGGCAAUCAAUGCCCUGCGACGAUUUGACUCAACAUUAUGUUCACUACGGGCACUAUCUAGCUACUGGCUUGGCGCAGAAACCAUCCUGCGAUUGUUUGAGAGCUCCAAACGGUUGAAGCACGAUAUGGAGAUGGUUAAGCUGAAGCAGCCGACUACAGUGCCAAAGGAAGGUGAAGUCGUUGUGAAAGGACACAGUCACCCGCCUCCUCCUCCUCCACCACCACCACCGAUAGACCCAGCGCCUCCCCAAGUACUACAGAGUUGGUAUUCGAAAGGCGGCCACUUGAACGAUCGCUUAAAUGCCUUUGCCAAUCCUUCCGGUCCUGUCGUCGAUGGCCCUGAGCAACCAGAACAACUUGGAGAACCCGGAGAUUGGAGGCAGCUAUUUUCUAUUGUUGACUCAGAACCUUGCGGGCCGUUCAUACCGGAGAACCUAACAGACAUGGAGGACGAAUGGCGAGAACUCUAUUUACACGAACCCGGGAUGGCAGACUACUUCCAGGAUACUACUUGGCUACCGGGAUAA